AUUAAUCUGUGUGACGUGUAAAUUUUUUAGGCUGCUAAAGAAAAAUUCUACCAAUUUUUAUUAAAAAAUAUUUGAAUCAUUUUGGUGUAUUAAAGUUAAAAAAUAUCAAUAACAGACAUGGGUUCUUUCCGUCGUGAAAAAGAAGAUGAAGAGGAGGGUCCCAGCAAUAUCUACCAAAAUUUGGAGAAAACAUCGGUAUUGCAGGAGACGCGAGCCUUCAAUGACACUCCCGUCAAUCCCAGGAAAUGUAUACACAUUUUGACCAAGAUUUUGUAUUUGAUCAAUCAAGGCGAACAGUUGGGCACACGGGAGGCUACCGACUGCUUCUUUGCUAUGACUAAAUUGUUCCAGUCCAAGGAUGUCGUCUUACGUCGAAUGGUUUACUUGGGUAUUAAAGAGUUGUCCUCCAUUGCUGAGGAUGUUAUCAUUGUUACCAGCUCAUUGACCAAGGACAUGACUGGUAAAGAAGAUUUAUACAGAGCCGCCGCCAUACGCGCUCUUUGCAGUAUUACCGACAACACCAUGCUUCAGGCAGUGGAGCGGUACAUGAAACAAUGUAUAGUGGACAAAAAUGCUGCUGUGUCUUGUGCCGCUUUGGUGAGCUCUUUGAGAUUGGCUAGUACUGCAGGAGAUGUGGUAAAACGCUGGGCCAACGAGGCUCAAGAGGCCUUGAACAGUGAUAACAUCAUGGUUCAAUAUCAUGCUUUGGGUCUUUUAUACCACAUUCGCAAAUCUGAUCGUUUGGCUGUCACCAAAUUGGUUAAUAAAUUGACUCGUAAUUCUAUGAAAAGUCCUUAUGCUGUUUGCAUGUUGAUUCGCAUAGCUUGCAAACUUAUUGAAGAAGAAGAUAUUUCGGCCGAUGAAAUGUCUGAAUCUCCCAUGUUCACCUUUAUUGAAUCUUGCUUGCGCCACAAAAGUGAAAUGGUCAUUUAUGAGGCCGCUCAUGCUAUAGUCAAUUUGAAAAAUACCAAUGCUCGUGUUUUAUCACCAGCUUUCUCCAUACUUCAACUUUUCUGCAGUUCACCCAAAGCCACUUUACGUUUCGCCGCUGUUCGUACUCUUAACAAGGUGGCUAUGACUCAUCCGGCUGCCGUUACUACUUGCAAUUUAGAUUUAGAGGGCCUUAUUGCCGACUCUAACCGUUCAGUGGCUACUCUUGCCAUUACCACUUUACUGAAAACUGGAGCUGAAUCUUCCGUAGAACGUUUAAUGAAACAGAUAUCUUCAUUUGUUGCCGAAAUCUCUGAUGAAUUUAAGGUGGUUGUUGUUCAAGCAAUCUGUUCUUUGUGCACAAAAUAUCCAAGAAAGCACAGUGUUUUAAUGAAUUUCCUUAGUGGUAUGUUGCGUGAGGAGGGAGGCUUAGAAUAUAAAACCUCCAUUGUGGAUACUAUUAUCACAAUUAUUGAAGAAAAUGCCGAAGCAAAAGAAUCUGGCCUGUCACAUUUGUGUGAGUUCAUUGAGGACUGUGAACAUGUGUCUUUGGCCGUACGUAUUUUACAUCUCUUGGGCAAGGAAGGUCCUUUUGCCAUUCAACCUUCUAAGUAUAUAAGAUUUAUAUAUAAUCGUGUCAUCUUGGAGAGUCCCAUAGUAAGAGCCGCUGCCGUCACCGCUUUGGCACAAUUUGGAGCCUCUUGUCCGGCUCUUGUAGGCAAUAUACUUGUUCUCUUGGGUCGUUGUCAAAUGGAUCCAGACGAUGAAGUUCGUGAUCGUGCCACCUACUAUUUGCAUCUUUUGCAAACAGAAAAAACUGAUAUAUUUAAACAUUAUAUUAUUGAACGUGAAACAUGUUCAGUGGCUUUGUUGGAAAAGGCUUUGGUCGAGCAUUUGAAUGGUGAUUGCAGCAGUGGAUUUGAUUUAUCGAUUGUACCUAAAGCAACAGUUGUUAAGGAAGAAAUCAAGGAUGAAGCCAUGUUAAUUUCGAAUGCUCCUCGUGUUCCCAAAAUUACUAGAGAAGAAGAGAGUGCCGCCAGAUUGGCUCAAUUGCCUGGUAUUCAAGCUUUGGGUCCUAUUCAUCGCACUACACCCGCUAUUCAACUUACAGAAAGUGAAACGGAAUAUACUGUAUCCUGUAUUAAACAUAUAUUCGCCAAUCAUGUUGUAUUCCAGUUCGAUUGUCUCAACACUUUAUCGGAUCAAAUUUUGGAAAAUGUACGUGUUGAAUUGACAAUACCCGAGGGCUUCAUAACCCGUGCUGUUAUACCCUGUCCAAAAUUACCAUACAAUGAUUUGCAAACCACGUUUGUUAUAGUGGAAUUCCCUCAAGAUGUCGGCAGUUCAGCUGCAUCAUUUGGAGCCACUUUACGUUUUGUGGUUAAAGAUUGUGAUCCUAAUACCGGCGAACCUGACUCCGAAGAAGGUUACGAUGAUGAAUACAUGUUGGAAGAUUUGGAAGUAACUGUAGCCGACCAAAUACAAAAGAAUAAAAAGAGUAAUUUCCAAGCAGUAUGGGAUGCAGCCGAUACAGAGGAAUGGGUUGAAGCAGAAGAUACCUACUCAUUAUCGGCGGUUAAUACUUUACAAGAAGCCAUAAAUACAAUUAUAAAAUUCUUAGGUCUAGCUCCCGCCAAUCUGUCAGAGAAAGUUCCCGAAGGUGUGGCUACUCAUACAUUACUAUGUUCUGGCACAUUUAGAGGAGGAGCGGAAAUAUUGGUGCGUUCUAAAUUAGCUUUAUCGGAAGGUGUCACCAUGCAGUUAACUGUACGUACCACAGAUCCCGAUGUGGCAGAAUUGGUUACAGCAGCCAUUGGAUAGGAUCAAAUUGACAUUUCAAAGAAACUUCCGUAGCUCUGAGGUUUUCUAUACCAAUUCAAUACACACAAUAUGAUUUAUAUGAAACUCUUUAUAAUAUUUUUAUAUAAAAAAGGAGUUUUUUUUCUAUGGAAAAAUAUUUAAACUCUAAAAGUAUAUACACAUCUUUAUAUAGGCAUAAUUCAGUUAUAACAUUCGUUUUUCGAAUUCAAUUCGUUUUUCCGUUUACUUUAAACAUUCAUGUUAGUUUUUGCGAAAAUUAAAAAAAAUUUCCUUUUUUAUACCUACGAAAAUUAUCAUAAACUGUUUAUUUUGUUUGUGUUUGGAAAAUCAUUAAACGUUAAUAAAUUAAGCAUUUUAUUUAGUAUUUAUAAGUUAAUAAUAUACAAAAUUAUAAUAAAAAAUAAACAAAAACUGCUCUCAAAAAAAAAAAAAAUAAUAUUACUUAAAUAUGAUGAAUGAUUUUUUUAUGAUUUAUUAUUUGUUUGUAUUUCAAUGUUCAGUAUUAAUUUACUUUGCCAUUGACUCUGAAAUAAAUUUCUUGUAUGCAAUUUAAAAAAUA